AGAGUCUCGCAACUGCAUCAUUAAACACUCAUGCAAUCAUAUAAGAACUGAAAACAACCACACAGCUUUACUUUUCUUUCUGCUUUCUGCUACUAAACUACAUCUUUUUUUCUUUCUUUCCACAAAUGGGUCAGCUCCAUUUUUUCUUCUUUCCUAUGAUGGCUCAUGGCCACAUGAUUCCUACACUUGACAUGGCGAAGCUCGUUGCUUCACGUGGUGUUAAGGCCACUAUAAUCACAACCCCACUCAAUGAAUCUGUUUUCUCCAAAUCUAUUCAAAGAAACAAGUAUUUGGGCAUCGAAAUCGAAAUCCGUUUGAUAAAAUUCCCAGCUGUUGAAAACGACUUACCUGAAGAAUGCGAACGCCUCGAUCAAAUCCCUUCAGAUGAUAAGCUCUCAAACUUCUUCAAAGCUACAGCUAUGAUGCAAGAACCACUGGAACAACUUAUUGAAGAAUGUCGCCCUAAUUGUCUUGUUUCUGAUAUGUUCCUUCCUUGGACUACUGAUAGUGCAGCCAAAUUUAACAUUCCAAGAAUAGUCUUUCAUGGCACAAGCUUCUUUGCUCUCUGCGUUGAGAAUAGCGUCAGGCUAAAUAAGCCUUAUAAGAAUGUGUCCUCUGAUGCUGAAACUUUUGUUGUACCGAAUCUGCCUCACGAAAUUAAACUGACCAGAACCCAGUUGUCUCCGUUUGAGCAAUCUGGGGAAGAGACAGCUAUGACCCGGAUGAUAAAAACAGUCAGGGAAUCAGAUUCAAAGAGCUAUGGAGUUGUUUUCAACAGUUUCUAUGAGCUUGAAACAGAUUAUGUUGAGCAUUAUACUAAGGUGCUGGGUAGAAGAGCUUGGGCUAUUGGCCCGCUAUCGAUGUGCAACAGGGACAUUGAAGAUAAAGCUGAAAGAGGAAAGAAAUCCUCUAUUGAUAAACACGAGUGCUUGAAAUGGCUUGAUUCAAAGAAACCCAGUUCCGUCGUCUACGUUUGUUUUGGAAGCGUAGCUAAUUUCACUGCAUCACAACUACACGAACUCGCUAUGGGAAUUGAAGCUUCAGGACAAGAAUUCAUUUGGGUUGUUAGAACAGAACUAGACAACGAAGAUUGGUUGCCUGAAGGAUUUGAGGAAAGAACAAAAGAGAAAGGUUUAAUCAUAAGAGGAUGGGCACCUCAAGUACUAAUUCUUGAUCAUGAAUCUGUGGGAGCUUUUGUGACUCAUUGUGGUUGGAAUUCGACGCUAGAAGGAGUUUCAGGAGGGGUUCCAAUGGUAACAUGGCCUGUAUUUGCUGAGCAAUUUUUUAAUGAGAAGUUAGUGACUGAGGUUUUGAAAACUGGGGCUGGUGUUGGUUCGAUUCAGUGGAAGAGAUCAGCUAGCGAAGGAGUGAAAAGAGAAGCAAUAGCUAAGGCAAUAAAGAGAGUAAUGGUGAGUGAAGAAGCAGAGGGAUUCAGAAACAGAGCUAAAGCGUAUAAGGAAAUGGCAAGAAAAGCUGUUGAAGAAGGAGGAUCAUCUUACACUGGAUUGACUACUUUGUUGGAAGAUAUAAGUACAUAUACUUCUACUGGUCAUUAAGUUAUGAUUAAAAGCAAAAAAGUAGUACAGUACUUGGUAUGAUUUCUAUACUGUUUUUGUGCUUUUUCUGUAUGUGACUAGGUGCUAAUUUAAACAUUUCUUUUUGUCACUUUUUAUAAUUACAUAAUGACAAUAUGUGGAAGAACCCCUUGCCUCCA